CUCACUUUGGUUACAAUCGACACAGGUGCUUGUCGCUGUUGCUACUUCCGUUGCUACUACUGCUGCGUAACAACACAUCAGCAUGUUUCCCAAUGGCUCCUCGGCCUGCCAAAAGGCAGCGCAGAUCAACAAUUGUACUCUCGGACGACAGUGAUGAUGGAGGAAGCGAACGACCUCUCGCGAAGACACAGAAAUCGAGUCACCAACGGGAAAUCACUCUCGAUGGCAGGACCUCCUCGAACGUAUCACCGGUAAAGACGGCGAAACAAGGAAAGCCGACCAUCGCGAAGAAGGCUGCGCCAAAAGCGUCACCCCACUCGUCUCCCGAAAAACGAAGAAAGAGCACAAGCGUCAAGGCCGAGCAACCAGACAAGUCUUCCGCGUCUUUACACAGCUUUUUCAGUAAAGCCACGGCCGAUGAAAGAUGGAGGAAGAAGUCUGUGACACCACCCGAUGUGGAAGCAGAGAAUGGAGAACUGCUCGACGCGAUCGAAGAUGACGAACUCUCGGACGACACAUUGCAAGAGCUGGGGCUCAAGACAGAUGUUGCCGGUUCAGUUGCGGACAGACGAAAACUGGCCACUACCCCUGCUGUUGCCAGUCUCCGGAAUGGAAGCAAUGGGGGCAGCACCUUAUCGUCGAGUCAGAGGUUCGUUCGGCCACCGGUCAUGAGUCGUCCGCCCCUGAACGAUGUAGAUCAAACCCUACCUGAAGAGGGACCCCGACCAUGGGCCGAUCGCUACGGCCCAAUUAGUCUGGAAGAGUUGGUCGUGCACAAGAAGAAGGUAUCCGAUGUGCAGAAUUGGCUACAGGGCAAGAUCGACGGCCGGAAUGGCCAAAGGAUGCUCGUUCUGAAGGGACCUGCUGGAAGCGGCAAGACUACAACAUUGUCACUGGUUGCGAAAUCAUUGGGCUUGCAAUUGGUGCCGUGGCAUAAUCCUGCAGUGUCCGAAACUGUAGGUAAAAACACUACGGCCCUGCAAUUUGAUGAGUUUUUGAACCGAAGUGGUCGAUUUGGCAGUCUUGCGUUUGGCCAGGUUGAUUCCACUCAGUCAGACAUGUCGACAAAGCAAGACUUGGCCCAUCACGUCCUCGUGAUCGAAGAAUUCCCAGCUACCAUGACACGACUGUCAGGUGCUCUCCAGUCAUUUAGAUCUGUGAUCCUUCGCUACCUGGCACGAAGUCGAGCAGCAGCUCCUACGGCCACUCUACGAGGACAAGCAAGACCCGAUGACGAUCCUCCUCCCGUGGUGUUGAUCAUUUCUGAGACUCUGCUUUCUUCCUCCACAGCUUGGUCGGACAGCUUCACGGCACAUAGACUGCUUGGUCCAGAGAUCUUGAACAAUCCAUACGUGACGGUCAUGGAGUUCAAUCCUGUCGCGCCGACAUUCGUCACAAAGGCACUGGACAUCGUCAUGAAAAAAGAGGCGCGAGAUUCCCGAAGAAGGAGAGUGCCAGGCCCCGCGGUCGUCCAAAAACUCGCAGAGAUGGGCGACGUGAGAAGCGCCGUCAACUCGCUUGAGUUCUUGUGUCUGCGCGGCGACGACAACUCGGAAUGGUCCGGCACGGUGGCAGCCAAGGUCAAAAAGUCGUCCAAAGACAGUGUCCCUUUGACCGACAUGGAAAAGAAUUCUCUACAGUUGGUGAGUCAGCGGGAGACGACUCUCGACAUGUUUCACGCGGCCGGGAAAAUUGUGUACAACAAGCGAGAAGAUCCACGGGUACUCGACACGCGAGCGGAGCCUCCACCAAAGCCACCGGACCAUCUCAUGCACCUGUACACGCCCAAGGCGUCUCAGGUCGACAUCGAGGCUCUGCUCAACGAGACGGGCACCGACAUUCAGACGUUCAUCUCUACGUUGCAUGAAAAUUACAUUCUCUCGUGCAAUGGCGACGGUUUUGAAGAGUGCUUCGAUGGAUGUUCUGAUGUUCUCUCCGUCAGCGACGUCCUGAACCCGGAAAGUCGGCCUUUCCAUCGCACCAACCCAAACCCGUACGCUUCGAUCAUUCAGGCGAAUCUACAGGCAGGGUCAUCCGACGCUCUUCGUCAAGAUGAGAUCAGUUUUCAAGUUGCAACCAGGGGGUUGUUGUUCAAUCUUCCGUACCCGGUGAAUCGAGCGUCUCCACCCGGUGGGAAAAAGGGAGAUACGUACAAAAUGUUUUACCCGGCCAGUCUUAGAUUGUGGAAACCGACGGAGGAACUGGACAGUUUGAUCGAAAUGUAUGUGAAUGGUGAUGUUCCCGGGCCGGGAAUGGGAGCGGGCAGCGCUCGGUCGCUCAGGUCAUCGUCGGGCACCGCGAUUGGCGAUGGAGGCGUGGCGACCUGGCGAACGAGGACUCUUGGCGCAAACACAAAUCAUCCGGGGACCGAGACUGACGGCGAUGGUGAUGAGCACGACGACGACCAAGGAGACGAAGACGAACGAGAAAGGAGACAGGUCAGGUACGCCAAAGACACGUUGACGCUCGAAGUGUUGCCUUAUAUGACUCGGAUCUUUUCCGCCAAGAGAAGGGACGUUGGCGUCCUCGAACGUAUUACGAAGUUCAGGCCAAACGCGUUCUUGUCUUUGGCUGUUGGGGAUCAAGGGCUCGAAGAAGAAGAAGAUGAUGAUGAUACGGCGGUCAAUACGACCGAGGGUAUUCGGUCCAAAGUUUCCGCCUCGGUCGGUGGGCAUUUACGGCGGUCAUCUCACACGCUCCUCCGCAAGAUGACACCUUCGGGUGGUGCAGUGGGUACGGCUGAUGUUGGAAUCGAUCCCGGCGCAGUCGAAAAGUUGUACAUUUCGGAUGACGACAUUGAAGACGACUGAAGCGUUCGACCAUCAGGGUCCCUGUGUCGGGACCUGGCAGUGUACUACUGAUUGACACCUGUUUUGUUGGUGUCUUGCCAUUGGGACGGGGGCGGCAAGUUUUUUUUUUCAGACAUUGGUGGGCGGGAGUCCUUGUCGUCCUUGUUAGGAGUUUAGUUUUACACCACACACACACACACACACACACACACACACACACACACACACACACACAAAGGCAACGUUUAUGGUAAUGGGGAAAAAAAGUUUCGGGUCUAGACAAUCUGUCUGUCCAUGUGAGCUGUAAGGAGUACAGAGUGCGAGGGGUGCCCAAUUGAGAUGGUUGUCAACGUCGACGUUCCAACGGUCCAAGAGGUCAAAACGGCCUAGACAGCAUGCCCAUAAAUGUGCCAGCUUUGCUCCCAUACCCAGCUAUACACAUUCCUCGGAACGAUGUAUUGUAUACAAUGAAAUGUCACCAAAACGGCACACACAUACACGCAAACCAUAUAAUGCAUGCAAUUAGGUACUAAUUACCCCAGUAAAGGUAGGUACCUACGUAGCUAACAAGGUACUGGGUAUUCCAUAACGAUACAAGUACAAAUCUUCG